AUGAAGAUAAUCUGUGCUUUCCUGUUGAUACUGGCAUAUGUGGAACUGUCCACGGGAUCUCUGUUGAUUGGCGCCUUCAACAUCAGAUCAUUUGGCGAUACAAAAGCAUCAAAUGCCACCGUGAUUGACCUUAUAGUAAAAAUAGUCCACAGGUAUGAUAUUAUAUUGAUUCAGGAAGUGAGAGACAGUGAUCUGUCUGCCACCAAAAAACUGAUGCAGAAAGUCAAUGGGGGAUCAUCACCUUAUAUGUACAGGCAUAUAGUCAGUGAACCACUUGGGAGAAGUACCUAUAAGGAGAGGUACCUUUAUCUCUACAGAGAGGAGACAGUGUCUGUGGCCAAGAACUUCACCUAUGACGAUGGAUGCGAGCCCUGUGGAACUGAUACCUUCAGCAGGGAGCCCUUUGUGGUGAUGUUCUCAUCUCGCUAUUCGGCUGUCCACGAAUUCGCCUUGGUCCCUCAGCACACUUCUCCAGAUUCUGCAGUGAAGGAAAUCGAUGCCUUGUAUGAUGUUGUUGCCGACAUCAGAGCUCGAUGGAAUACUGACAACAUCAUUCUGAUGGGAGACUUUAACGCCGGAUGCAGCUACGUGCUUGGCUCCGAGUGGCAGCAGAUCCGGCUGUACACGGAUAAGGGCUUUCACUGGCUGAUCCCGGAGAGCGCGGACACCACGGUCGCUCACACCAACUGCCCUUAUGAUAGAAUCGUGGCCACCACACCCAUGAUGAAAGCAGUGCUACCUGGUUCUGCUGUGGUCUACAACUACAUGGUCGCGCUAAACCUCAAACUGGACAUGGCUCUAGCGGUCAGUGACCAUUUCCCUGUUGACGUCCAGCUCUUUGACCCAUAAGUGUGCUCUCCUUCCUGAAGGAGCAUCCUGGCAUAAGCAACCAUCAAAUCAAAGGAACAGAGGACAUCCAAUCCUAUUCAGAAAU